UACUCGGCGAUGAAACGGAGAGUGAGGAGGAGAGAGAUAUCAAGCGUCUGGGCCUUCACAUUCUCAAUGCGGUUGCUGAUUUCCAUGAAAGGAUGAAGAAGUGAUUUUCCCCCUCUCAUCUCUUUCAUGCCUGACAUUCAUUCGAUGUGUCUAGCCUUUUCAUCUGGCGCCGACACUAUUCCUCUCGAAUCUAUGGUGCUUUUAUAUUUUGUGCAUUCUUGGCAACGCUCCUUCUUCCUGCAAGGAUUAUUGCCAAGUGCGUGUAUUUUGUGGCAGGUUUCCUGUUUUGGCACGUGGUGCCCAUUGUGAUGGCAUUAUCUCCGCAAGAAAGAGCUCGUUUACCUCCGCCACUCGCUGAUAUUCCUACAGAUGCAGAUUACGCCAUGGAACUCAUAUCUUCUCGUGUAGCAUCGGGACAAUAUAUUAAACCGAGCAAAAAAACAGCUGCCAGACAUUCUGAUGCGACGGGCAACUCUGGUCAUAAUGAAGUAGAUUCCAAUCAGUCAUCUGCAUCACACGGCAAAGAAACCGGUCCAGACUGGAAGAAGUGGAGUGAACGGGCAGCAAUUGGUAAAGCGUGGGCAGGUGAAGGCAAGCGCCUGAUAAAAGGACAGUGGAUGCCAGAUCAUUCCUCGCCUAUCAUCCCUUCUUCUGCGAUGGCGAUAGCUCAGCCUACGCUGCCACAGGAUACUCACAGUACUCGUUCGUUUCUCAGCAUUCUACGACUUCCCGGACUCAUCACUCUGACUUCGACAAUGUUCCUUUUCACCCCCCUGACAACAACAAAGCCUAAAAUCACCCUCCCUCUAUCUCGUCUGUGUGGAGUCAGGAAGAUAGGACUGAUCAAAGGUUUGUCUUUAAAAUGGUCACCAGAGGACGAUGAGCAUGAGGUGGAAGAAAUAUUCCGAUGGGUAGGGGGCCGUGACGAGCUAUUCACUCGACUCGUUGGAUUAGGAGGAAAGCGCUGGAAGACGUCAUAAACUACUCAGCAUGUACUUACCAUCCACGCUUGGGAAGUGUGGCGCAAGGAUCUGCAGAUCGAGGAAUCGAAACUCCGACGUGGUUCUUGCAUAUGCCAAAUCCCAGCCUCGCUUGCCUCCAUCUUCUCUACUCUCAUGCUUUCCUGUCUCCUGCUCUGAACAAUACGUCCACUAUAUAUUCGCUAUUGUAAUUUUUCUGUUCUGUAGCCUCUGUAACUGUUGUAUCCUGGUAAGGAUCAUGUUUUGUCUAUUCAACGUCGCCGUGACGCUUACACGUCGCAGUAUUACGCA